AUGGGGUGGCCAUUAGCGUUGUGUUUUGAUAAGGAGAUAUUCGAGGAGCCUAUUCACUGGCCAUACUGGAUUGAGAGAAGUGGCAUUGGAGACACUCUAGAGAUCUCGGGCAAAGGUGCAAUCGACGAUGAGAGAGAGAAUGAACUCAGAGAGUGUACUGGUGAUGUAGUUGAUAAUGAGUUGGUCUUGUUGGUACCACUAAGCAUGGGCAGAAUUGGUUUGGGUAAGAGAGGCGGUGGUGGUUGUGGGUGUUUCGGUGGUAGAAUUGGAAGGUUUGAGUUGGCGGAGCCAAAUGAGAUAGUUGGAGUCAAUAAGCUUGAUAAAAUGAGAAGAGUUGGGGCUAGGGAGGUAGAUGGUGGAUUCAGACGAAGUCAUGAGGUGGACCUAAAAGAGAGGAUUGGAUCGAAUAAGGGAGAGGGAGGAAACCCUAGGUAA